GUAAACGGAAUGAGACAAAAACACACGGGGCUUGUUGGCAACACUGAAAGUAUGCAGUUUAUUAGGCUACAGAUGAAAAGUUACGAUGUACUUCACAUUAUGGUGAAAGUGCACGUUGAUGAGCUUGAUGCUCCUUUCCAAUAAAUAUCGAGGGAACAUAUAAUAAUUUCCCCUCAUCCAUUUACUCUUGCCGAAUGAACGAACGAGGUGUUUCAGAUCGUUACACGUCUGUACAAGCGGUGUCUCAACGUUACAAUUUUGAACACGACCUUGCUUGGACGCGUCAGCUCUUUGGUCAAGUUGCAAAAAGUUCAUUGAACUUUCAACCACAAGUAGAUAAUAACAACCUAGCUGAGCCAUCAUGCUAACAAAGUGAAAUGGAGGAGGAAAGAUCGAAACAACACUGUUUUAAUCCAGUGUUGACUCGAGAUCCAGGGGGGGAGAAGCCCAGUCGAGAAAGGCCGGAUGAACCGAUCGCUGUGGCUGUGAUUGGCAAGCAGCUGACUGAACCAGGGCGCUUUGCCUACGCUGGGCUCUGUGGGGUCUCCUUGGGCCAGCUGUUUCCUGGACCUGAGAACAGGUGUUUCCGGGAGCUGUACCUGGAGGGGCUGGUGCAAUGGCUGGGUCUGGACGAGUCAGUGAUGCCCGUCAUGGGGGCCUUUUUGGCAGGCUUGGGAUUCGAGGGCAGCGACACCUUCCUCUCUAUCCUUCAGGCUGAGCCACUACUGUCUGCAGGUGCCACUCUCAUCACACAGGACCUUGUGUCUUUUUCCGUCAAAGAUGGCCUGUAUGACUCCAGAUCACGAGUCCUAAUUCGCCAUGUCAGCUGUCUACUGCGAGUGUCCCCUCAGCAACUGGAGGAGUUUGAGGCGACGCUGGGCGAACGACUGAGAGAGGGAGUGGUGGAGACCGCAGAGGAGUCAUCUCGGCGACAGACAAAAGAGAGAGGACGCAAAUUACGACGCUACCUUCUCAUUGGCCUGGCCACUGUGGGCGGAGGAGCUGUGAUUGGUGUGACCGGUGGGUUGGCGGCGCCACUGGUGGCGGCGGGGGCAUCGGCCGUACUAGGGGCAGGAGGGGCGGCUGUUCUGGGCUCAGCCACUGGCAUCGCCAUCAUGGCCUCCCUGUUUGGAGCAGCAGGGGCUGGCUUAACUGGCUAUAAGAUGAAUAAGCGGGUGGGAGCAAUAGAGGAGUUUGAGUUUCUGCCACUGAGCUCAGGGAAGCACCUACACCUGACUGUGGCUGUGACCGGCUGGCUGUGCACUGGAAAAUACAGUUCUUUCCAGGCUCCUUGGUGCAGUCUGGGUGCGUGUGGGGAGCAGUACUGUCUGGUGUGGGAGUCUCGUUUCCUUCGGGACCUGGGUUCCACCAUGGCUGCUCUUCUCGACGGCCUGGUCAGCAUGGUGGCCCAGGAGGCCCUCAAGUAUACCGUACUGUCAGGUAUUGUGACUGCUCUUACGUGGCCUGCCUCUCUGCUCGCGGUGGCCAGUGUUAUAGACAAUCCCUGGUCUGUGUGUCUUAGUCGCUCAGCCGAGGUGGGAAAACAUCUCGCUCAGGUGCUGAGGAGUAGGCAGCAGGGAAAGCGUCCUGUCAGUCUCAUUGGCUUCAGUCUUGGAGCGAGGGUUAUCUACUUCUGCCUUCAGGAACUUGCCAAAGAUCAAGAUUGUGAGGGCGUGGUGGAGGAUGUUGUCCUAUUGGGUGCCCCAGUAGAUGGCACCGCCCAAGCCUGGGAGAGAAUGGUCAAGGUGGUCGCUGGGAAGAUAGUGAAUGGAUACUGCAGAGGGGACUGGCUACUGGGAUACGUCUACAGGGGUUCGUCGGCACAGCUGUCUGUUGCAGGGCUUCAGCCAAUCAGCUUGAAUGAUCGCCGCAUAUUCAACGUGGAUCUAUCUUCUGUGGUGAAAGGUCACUUGGACUACAUGCGUCAGAUGGAUACCAUCCUCGUAGCAGUGGGCGUGCCCACCAGAGAAGUUCCAGGAGCUGGGGGUGGACCUCUUCAACCACUCACUAUGACCGAGAGAAAACUGGACAUAGCCAUGAUCCAAUCAAUACAAGGGGACGUGGCUGAAAAGCUAAAACUGGUUGGUUCUUCGGCUGGAGCAGGUGAGACUUGCAUGGGUGAGGGAGGGCAGCUGGAGGAAAAAGAGGAUAUGGGAGACGGUUGGGAUAUCCCCGACAUAUCAGAUCUGUUGGACUCGCUAAACGAGAUCGAUGUUGUUUCAACUGAAAACAUUCUUGAGGGCAACCUGCAACAGAGUUCUGAGGGGAAUGCCACCCAUGAGGACAACCGUGCACCUUCCCAUCUAGAGUUUGAUGGAUGGGGAAAAGAGCUGGAUGAGAUAUGGGGGGAGGGAGUGGAGGUGACAGAGUCUGACACUGAACACACGUCCUGGAGUUGGGAGGACACACGCUGGACUCCCGAGCACAAACACAUGGGACCAAACAGGCGGAUAUAGGAGGUUACAGGAGGAACUGCCUCACUGCAGUUUUGUCUGCUUCUUCUCAACUUGAAUUACCAACAAUAUCCCAAUCGUGUGUGGAAAGACCUCCUUUACCUUAACAGCACACUCGGGUGCCAGAACACUCAACUAAGGCAUCCGUACCACAAGCGUAAAAGAAAACCAUUUUUUAUUUAACUAUGGCAGUCUUAAGUUUUGUCAAUCAUUUCAUUUACAAAUGAAUCUGUUGCAUAAUGUAUAGUGUGUUAAAGUAUUGUCUGUUUUAUGUAGGCAGGAUGUAAAUUAAAAACAUUUAAUUACAACACAUUUAAUUAUAGACAUCCCCCACUUUUAUGGAUAUAAAAGACAAUGCAGCAUGAAUGAAUUCUAACUAUAUUCCUAAAUCCCUCCGGUCGAUUAUUCCAUCUGUUGGGGAUUAUGGUUAUCACAGUGACGUCGCCCAGUGAUUCUCAGUGCCUAGCUCUUCCUCAUCCACUCCUGCCCUGUAUGCUAAAUUACACCUUCUAGAUCAUUUUUACAUCUUGCUACCAACCCCAACAAGACACACCUUCCUCCAAUGUAUGGUGUUCAUGCUCUCUUCUCCAUCGUCCCCUUCAGUCCAGCGUGUCCACCUGAUUAGGCAGCAGCAAGGGCAGCUCAAUCCCAGCAUGCUCUGCAUCAUACAAGUUGACGGCGUCUGUGGCGGUGGCGGGGGGCUGUCGGGGAUCGGAAGCCAGGGAGGGGGGCUCUGUGGGCAGGUUGGGCUCACCAGAGUUGCAGAGGGAGAGCUCCGGCGAGGGUCUGUGGGGCGAGCGGGUAGAGCAGCAGGGCAGCAAUCGCCCCAGGGCCCGUUUGAAGUCACGCAUGAACAGCGGGUAGAUAAUGGGGUUCAUGGUGCUGUUACAGUAGCCCAGCCAAGUGAUGGCAUCGAAGAGUGCCGGGGGAACACACUCGCAUACCGCCUGACAGGUGAGAAAGAGGGCAACAGACAGGCAUUGGGGUUGUGUUCAGUAUGUACACAACAUUUAAGAUUUUGUGAAACAAAAGUAUUCUUAUCAGAAAUAUGUAGCUUGUCGGAAAUAUAGUGCCUAUCAUAAGUAUGCACCCCCCUUGUAUUUUUUGUUCACGUUUUGUUGCAUUACAAAGUGGGAUUUAAUUUUAUAGGGGGUCACCGAUCUACACACUUUUUUAUAUAAAUGUUUACAAAUUAAUGAAAAAUAUUUUAACUAAAAGGUUGGAUAUGUAUUUAUGGCAUGCCUAAUUAAUAUACAGUGCAUUCAGAAAAUAUUCAGACCGUGACAGCCUUAUUCUAAAUAAAUAAAAACAUUCAUCAAUCUACACACAAUACCUCAUAAUGACUAAACAAAAACAGGUUUUUAGACAUUUUUGCUAGUUAUUAAAAAUAAAUAACUAUUAAAUUCACAUGCACUACCUGUCAAAAGUUUUAGAACACUGACUCAUUCAAGGGUUUUUCUUUAUUUGUACUAUUUCUACAAUAAUAAUAGUGAAGAUAUCAAAACUAUGAAAUAACAAUUGUAAUCAUGUGAAAAAUCAAAUCAAAAUCAAGGUAACCAAGGAAGUGUUAAACAAAUCCAAAUAUAUUUGAGAUUCUUCAAAUAGCAACACUUUGCCUUGAUGUCAGCUUUGUACACGCUUGACAUUCUCUCAACCAGCUUUACCUGGAAUGCUUUUCCAACAGUCUUGAAGGAGUUCCCACAUAUGCUGAGCACUUUUUGGCUGCUUUUCCUUCACUCUGUGGUCCAACUCAUCCCAAACCAUCUCAAUUUGGUUGAGGUUGGGGGAUUGUGGAGGCCAGGUCAUCUGAUGCAGCACUCCAUCACUCUCCUUCUUGGUAAAAUAGCCCUUACACAGCCUGGAGGUGUGUUGCAUCAUUGUCCUGUUGAAAAACAAAUGAUAGUCCCACUAUGCCCAAACCAGAUGGGAUUGCAUAUCGCUGUAGAAUACUGUGGUAGCCAUGCUGGUUAAGUGUGCCUUGAAUUCUAAAUAAAUCACACAGUGUCACCAGCAAAGCACCCCCACACCAUAACACCACCACCUCCAUGCUUUACAGUGGGAAAUACACAUGCAGAGAUCAUCCGUUCACCCACACCACGUCUCACAAAGACACUGGUUGGAACCGAAAAUGUCUAAUUUGGACUCCAGACCAAAGGACAAAUGUCCACCGGUCUAAUAUCCAUUGCUCGUGUUUCUUGGCCCAAGUCUCUUCUUAUUAUUGGUGUCCUUUAGUAGUGGUUUCUUUGCAGCAAUUUGACAAUGAAGGCCUGAUUCACGCAGUCUCCUCUGAACAGUUGAAGUUGAAUUUUUUUGGGCUGCAAUUUCUGAGGCGGUUAACUCUAAUGAACUUAUCCUCUGCAGCAGAGGUAACUCUGGGUCUUCCAUUUCUUUGGCGGUCCUCAUGAGAGCCAGUUUCAUCAUAGAGCUUGAUGGGUUUUUGUGACUGCACUUGCAGAAACUUUAAAGGUUCUUGAAAUGUUCCAUGUUGACUGACCUUCAUGUCUUAAAGUAAUGAUGGACUGUCUUUUCUCUUUGCUUAUUUGAGCUCUUCUUGCAAUAAUAUGGACUUUGUCUUUUACCAAAUGGGUAUAUCUUCUGUAUACCCCCUACCUUGUCACAACACAACUGAUUGGCUCAAACGCGUUAAGAGGGGAAGGAAUUACGUAAAUUAACUUUUAACAAGGCAAACUUGUUAAUUGAAAUGCAUUCCAGGUGACUACCUCAUGAAGCUGGUUGAGAGAAUGUCAAGAGUAUGCAAAGCUGUCAUCAAGGCGAAGGGUGGUUAUUUGAAGAAUCUGAAAUAUAAACACUUUGGGUUACAUAAAAAUAAAAGAGAAUUUCAUCUUUAUUUUACCAGCUAGGCCAGUUGAGAACAAGUUCUCAUUUACAACUGUGACCUGGCCAAGAUAAAGCAAAGCAAAGCAGUGCAACACAAACAACAACACAAGAGUUACACAUGGAAUACACAAACAUACAGUCAAUAAUAAAAUAGAAAUAGUCUGUAUGCAGUGUGUGCAAAUGAGGUAGGAUAAAUGAGGUAAGGCAAUAAAUAGGCCACAGUGGUGAAAUAAUUACAAUAUAGCAAUUAAACACUGGAGUGAUAGAUGUGCAGAAGAUGAGUGUGCAAGUAGAGAUACUGGGGUGCAAUGGAGCAAAAUAAAUAACAGUAUGGGGAUGAGGUGGUUGGAUGGGCUAUUUACAGAUGUACAGGUGCAGUGAUCUGUGAGCUGCUCUGACAGCUGGUGCUUAAAGUUAGUGAGGGAGAUAUGAGUCUCCAGCUUCAGUGACUUUUGCAGUUCGUCCCAGCCAUUGGCAGCAGAGAACUGGAAGGAAAGGUGGCCAAAGGAAGAAUUGGCUUUGGGGGUGACCAAUGAAAUAUACCUGCUGGAGCGCGUGCUACGGGUGGGUGCUGCUAUGGUGAGCUGGGAUAAGGUGGGGCUUUACCUAGCAAAGACUUAUAGAUAACCUGGAGCCAGUGGGUUUGGCGACGAAUAUCUGAGAAGUAGUUGGUGAACCAGGCGAGGCAGUCAUUUUGAGAAACCAAGGCUGUUGAGUCUGCCGAUAAGAAUGUGGUGAUUGACAAGAGUCGAAAGCCUUGACCAGGUCGAUGAAUACAGCUGCACAGUAUUGUCUCUUAUCGAUGGCAGUUAUGAUAUUUUGUUUCAUUGUUUUGAUGUCUUCACUAUUAUUAUAGUAAAAAUGAAGAAAAACCCUUGAAUGAGUAUGUGUUCUGAAACUUGACAGUAGUGUAAGUAUUCAGACCCUUUACUCAGUACUUUGUUGAAGCACCUUUGGCAGCGAUUACAGCCUCGAGUCUUCUGGAUAUAAUGCUACAAGCUUGGCACACCUAUAUUUGGGGAGUUUCUCCCAUUCUACUCUGCAGAUCCUCUCAAGCUGUGUCAGGUUGGAUGGGGAGUAUCGCUGCACAGCUAUUUUGAGGUCGCUCCAGAGUUGUUUGAUCGGGUUCAAGUCCGGGCUCUGGCUGGGUCAAUCAAGGCCAUUGAGACUUGUCCCGAAGCUACUCCUGCGUUGUCUUGGCUGUGUGCUUAGGGUCUUUGUCCUGUUGGAAGGUGAACAUUUGCCCCAGUCUGAGGUCCUGAGUGCUCUGGAGCAGGUUUUCAUCAAGGAUCUCUCUGUACUUUGCUCCGUUCAUCUUUCCCUCGAUCCUGACUAUUCUCCCAGUUCCUGUCGCUGAAAAACAUCCCCACAGCAUGAUUCUGCCACCACCAUGCUUCACGGUAGGGGUGGUGCCAGGUUUCCUCCAGACGCAACGCUUGGCAUUCAGGCCAAAGAAUCUUGUUUCUCAUGGUCUGAAAGUCCUUUAGGUUCCCUUUGGCAAACUCCAAGUAGGGUGUCAUGUGCCUUCUACUGAGGAGUGGCUUCCACUUGGUGUCUCUACUAUAAAGGACUGAUUGGUGGAGUGCUGCAGAGGUGGUGGUCCUUCUGGAAGUUUCUCCCAUCUUCACAGAGGAACUCUGGAACUCUGUGUCAGAGUGACCAUUGGUUUCUUGGUCACCUCCCUGACAAAGGCCCUUCUCCCUCGGUUGCUUAGAUUGGCCGGGUGGCCAGCUCUAGAAAGAGUCUUGGUGGUUCCGAACUUCUUCCAUUUAAGAAUGAUGGAGGCCACUGUGUUCUUGGGGACCUUCAAUGCUGCAGAAUUGUUUUGGUACCCUUCCCCAGAUCUGUGCCUCGACACAAUCCUGUCUCGAAGCUCUACAGACAAUUCCUUUGAUUUCAUGGCUUGGUUUUUGAUCUGACAUGCACGAUCAACUGUGGGACCUUUUAUAUAUUGACAGGUGUGUGCCUUUCCAAAUCAUGUUCAAUCAAUUGAAUCUACCACAGGUGGACUCUAAUGGAAACAGGAUGCACCUUAGCUCAAUUUCAAGUCUCAUAGAAAAGUGUCUGAAUACUUAUGUAAAGUAUGUUUUUCAUUUUUAAUACAUGUGCAAAAAUUUAUGAAAACAUGUUUUCGCUUUGUCAUUAUGGGGUAUUGUGUGUAGAUAUUUAAUACAUUUUAGAAUACGGCAGUAACGUAACAAAAUGUGGAAAAAGGGAACAGGUCUGAAUACUUUCCGAAUGCACUGUAUUUUUACUUACCCAGAAUUUGGUUGUUCAUCAUUGCUAGACAACCAUUUAGCAGUUAUGUCCUUGAGCUGUUCUUGUCUAUUAAUGUUCUGUAUUAUUUCAUGUAUUGUGUGGACCUCAGGAAGAGUAGCUGCUGCUUUUGCAUCAGCUAAAGGGGAUCCUAAUAAAAUACUAAAUACCAACUUGA